AUGCAAAACCUUUCCCAAGCUCAAAUCAACAUGGAUGACACCCCCAUUGGCGUGCUUCCUUACCCUAGCACUCGAAGCGGUAGACAUAGUGCCUUGGCUGCUCCCGCUGUCGCCCCUGUCCCAGAGACAGAUUGCUUAUGGAAUUUGAGGUUUGCAUUUUCACCUGGUGAUACAUUCUGUGCUUCUGGGAAGAUAACACAAAAACGAGAACUCAGCCCUGCAGCGAGUUCUGACAUCGAAAUCAUCUCGUCAACCUUCCCUCGUGUGCCUGUGUCUGAUAAAAAACCAGUACGCAACAGCUCACCGUUGCGUAUUCCUUAUGCCUGCUCAAAGGCACGGAUAUCAGCAAGGGUCCUGCUAAGAAGAAUGCCAAGCCGGUCUAUUCUACCAUUCCCAUACCUGCGACCAAAAAACCAUUUGAUUGAAAUCGAUAAUGACCCGACCAAAGGCAACACAGCUAUUCUCCAAACUGCUGAUGCAAUGAAACAAGUCAAGAUUCUUGCAUUUAUCACUGCCCACGACACCUGGGCCAAAAACCAAGACCGUCUCAUCAAGAAUGAUGUUGAUGUCACCUCUUUCUUUCAAUCGGUUGUGGGGGCUCCAUGCAAGACCGCUGGGUUUGUCAUCAUGAUGGAGAACCCAGCACGCAGUGCUCAAGAGGCCAAUGACGUACAUUUAUUAGAACUCACGAAAAAUCAAGCCCAAUUGCGAGCACAGAACACCCUCAAUAAUGUUGGCACCACUGCCUCGGACCUUGCUCAUGCGACUCCGGUGGAUCCUCAAUCACGCUGGCUAACUGUGUUACAAGAGCAUCAUGGCUCAUUGAAAAACAACAAGGCUGAAGGAUGGCAAUUGGGUACGAAGGAUGUGACUAUCGAUGACCCACCUACGGAAUUGGAAGAAUUUUUCUGGAUUGAUGUCAAGCCGGUCAAGCGCCUUCCUCUCACGGCCACGCCUUCAGUGGUCAAAAGACUCAAAGUUGAAGAGGACUGUCGCCCCUCUGAGUUCGAGUUUGGCAGCUAUGUGGAAAUGCAAUCCUCCACGGUCCGCGUUGAUUUCAAAACUUUACGACACAUCAAAGUCCAUUCAACGUUGCAACAGUACUUGACCUGGUGCGAAAUUGAUUACCUCAAGAUUGAUGAUUAUGUGCAGAUCUUCUUCAAACAUUCAAUCACCAGCUUUCAUCGUUUUUUAUUCCCAUCCAUGCUGAGCGCCCAAACCAUUGCUAGUUGGGGUAUUCCAUACGGGGUGGUGAUGGAGUUAAUGACUUGA